CGCACACACGAGACAUUCGCUUGCGACGACGACACUUCCUCUCUCUCGACAACUAACCUACAGGAACUCCAGUCAAAAUGUCGUCCGGAAAAGUCAAGGCCUCGCAGCUCUGGGGCAAGAACAAGGAGGAGCUGAAGAAGCAACUCGAUGACUUGAAGGCCGAGCUCGUGCAGCUGCGCACUCAGAAGAUCGCUGGCGGUGCUUCGUCGAAGCUGAACAAGAUCCACGACGUCCGCAAGUCGAUUGCCCGUGUCCUUACCAUCAUCAACGCAAACCAGCGCGCUCAGCUCCGCCUCUUCUACCAAAAGAAGAAGUACCUGCCACUCGACCUCCGCUCGAAGCAGACUCGUGCCAUCCGCCGCCGCUUGUCUCCCGAGGAUGCCAAGCGCGUGACCGAGAAGCAAAAGAAGAAGCAGCGACACUUCCCUCAGAGGCAAUUCGCCGUCAAGGCUGUUGCGUAAAAAGUUGCAAUAUUUUGACGAGCAACAAAAGUUACGAAAAGGGUGAAUCAUGCUUUGAGCGCUUCGAGAUACCAUAUCAUGGCGGCGUAAUCGGACGGUAUGGUCACUCCAUGGGCAUUUCCAGCGCCUGGUGGCCUUCUAUGCAGCUAGACAGUCCCGCAAGACUUUCUCCCGAAAUCGCACAGUCUCACUUUUCCUCUCAUUGUCAGCGCUCGUCAUGCUACUCUGCUCAUUUUCUGGGCACAAAUCGUGUGGUAUCCAA